AACGUAAGGGUAUCUUAGGAUGCAUUAAUAAUAUCUGAUUGUCUUGAGAGCUGGAGGUGGCAGCCAUGACCGACUUUGGCGUUGACAAAAGAAGUGGAGAAAACAGCUAGCAACAUAAUUCAUGUUGAGCUAACACUUGGCAAAAACCAACACGUACGCUUUACUUCUGUGUUUCUUUACUUGAAGAUCAUGGAUUCUGCAGCUACUGAAAACAUGAUAUCCCCAUCACAUGUGGUUGCAAUUACAAAUGGUGAUGCUUCUUCUUCACUUGAUUCUGGUCAUGCCCGUCUUCUUGAACUUGGUUACAAACAACAACUCAAGCGUGAUCUUUCAGCCAUUUCAAAUUUCUCCCUCUCGUUUUCCGUUUUAUCAGUGCUGACUGGUAUCACCACCCUAUACAACACUGGGUUGAACUACGGUGGCCCCGUUUCAAUGCAAUAUGGUUGGUUUAUAGCUUCUGGUUUCACCAUGCUUGUUGCACUCUCAAUGGCUGAAAUUUGUUCAUCUUAUCCAACUUCUGGGGGUCUCUAUUAUUGGAGUGCCAAACUUGCUGGCCCUACAUGGGCACCCUUUGCUUCCUGGAUUACUGGCUGGUUCAAUAUUAUUGGUCAGUGGGCAGGAUCAACAAGCGUAAAUUUUUCACUUGCACAACUAAUUCAGGUUAUCAUUCUCCUUAGCACUGGUGGCAAAAAUGGUGGUGGAUAUGAGGCAUCCAAAUAUGUAGUCAUUGCUUUUCAUGGGGGAAUAUUGUUCCUACUCGGUAUUAUUAACAGUCUUCCUAUCUCAGUGAUAUCAUUCUUAGGACAGCUGGGAGCUAUCUGGAAUGCUUUAGGCGUUUUUCUGCUUAUGAUUCUCAUUCCAUCUGUUGCAACCGAAAGGGCUAGUGUCAAGUUUGUUUUCACUCAUUUCAAUGAUAAAAAUGACAAUGGAAUCAACAGCAGACCAUACAUAUUUCUCUUGGGACUUCUAAUGAGUCAGUAUACCCUUAGUGGGUAUGAUGCUUCAGCUCAUUUGACAGAGGAAACAAAGGGUGCUGAUAGAAAUGGUCCAAAAGGAAUUAUCAGCUCUGUUGGGAUAUCUAUUAUAGUUGGAUGGGGUUACAUACUAGGCAUUGCCUUUGCAGUUACUGAUAUCCCUUACCUUUUGAGUGAAAGUAAUGAUGCUGGUGGGUAUGCCAUUGCUGAAAUAUUUUAUCUGGCUUUCAAGAGAAGAUAUGGCAACGGAAUUGGGGGUAUUAUUUGCUUGAUGAUUGUUGCUGUUUCCAUAUUUUUCUGUGGUAUGACUUUAGUCACUAGCAAUUCAAGGAUGGCUUAUGCAUUCUCUAGAGAUGGGGCAAUGCCGUUGUCAUCAUUAUGGCACAAAGUUAACAAGCAGGAGGUCCCUAUAUAUGCAGUUUGGCUUUCCGUUUUCAUAUCAUUUUGUAUGGCACUAACGUCUCUGGGAAGCAUAGUGGCAUUCGAAGCAAUGGUGUCUAUAGCGGUGAUUGUCCUGUAUAUUGCCUAUGCCCUACCAAUUAUCUUUAGGGUAACCUUGGCCCAAAAGCACUUUGUCCCUGGGCCUUUCAACUUGGGCCGUUACGGAAUCAUUAUUGGCUGGGUUUCAGUUCUCUGGGUGGUGUUCAUCUCCAUACUCUUCUCAUUGCCUGUUUCCUACCCAAUUACCAUUCAGACACUUAACUACACUCCUGUUGCCCUUGGAUGUUUGAUUAUUCUUGUUGUCUCCUACUGGAUACUCAGUGCUCGGCACUGGUUCAAAGGCCCUAUAACCAAUGUAAAACACUGAACUUUUGUGCAUGAUUUGGUGAAUUGAGGAGCCACAUGUUCGGUUUUUUUAACCAAUAGGAGUGCUUUUUUUUUAAAGAAAAAAUAUCAAAUGGAUACACAUUUUGAAUUAAUUCUCAAUCAAGAAUAUGUUGUCAGAAAACAAAUGCACAAAACUUCUACCUUCAGAAUGUGCUCCCAUUUUAUAAUUUUGAAAAAAAAAAUAGCCUCUAUUGGUAAAGAAAGCCCACAUGUUCAAUAUGACUGCUUUGUAAAACUUCAUUUGCAAAUUACUUUGUCUAUCAAAUGUUGGAUAUCCAUCUCUUAUAUUAUGUAUAAAUAUAUGAUGAAGCAACCCAGGCAAUUUGAGAUA